AUGUGGCGAAGGCAGAAUAUGGAGGUGGCUGCUGUUCUGAUGGCAUUGGUGAUCCCCUUUGCCAUGCAUAGCAUAGAUGCCAUUAUAAUAGAACUAAGGGAAUAUGAUGACCCUAAGGAGGCCUUGCGCACUCCAAUUUGCUCUGUGCCAGUACUAGGGUCGACCUCCGAGCAGCUGUACACACCAAAGUACCAGUUUUCUCUGGGCAAGGGUGGAACCAUAAAAGGCUCUAUAGGUGUCGUGAGGGUUGUAGAUAACAAUGUGUCUUUAGCUCUACGCAAACCGGAGGAACUGGCUGAAGUUUUGAAGAGCGGAAUUUUCCACUCAAACGCCAAUUCUGCGUUCAAGGUCAGGCGAAGGGCAUUUGCCGAAUGGAACAACCAAGAUCACUACAAUUGGUUUCAAUUGAUGUAUAACCUAUAUAAAUGGGUGUUUUGUAAAGAUAGAAGAAAAAACCAGGACCCCUUAUUGGCGGAAGACCAUGUCCUCUCAGAGACUGAGAUAUUGGACAAUGUUUACAUCUUACUCAUGUCGAAAUCAAAGUGGGACUUGUAUGUGUCGUCGCUCUCUGAGGAGCAUUUACAGCCUGCAAAGGGUAGCAACAAAUUCGUCGUCACUAGUCAUGUCUUUGCGGAUUUGCGCAUACCUAUCACAGCUCUGGGUAAACAGGAAACAUUUAUCUUUCAGGCUGAGGAAACGGACAGAUUCGUUCUGAUGCUUCUUAACCCUGAUGAGCGAAAACUCGUAAUGAAGGGUGAAAUCUCGUUCUUGAACCCUGGUAGUGAUCACCUGCCUAUGGAAAUGAAACAUUUCAAAGCAGUAAUUGUGUUCUGGGAGGUUAUCUAUGCAAUAAGUGGUAUACUUGCGUUUGCUUACCUCUUAUUACGUCUUAGAAGUGACGCCCAAAUGGUGAAUUAUAUUAUGGCCAUCAACUUUGCUUUUGUGACUCUAUACUUACGUUUAGACACACUUUUGCUGGACUCAAUAAUGAAGACAGGAACAUACUCCAACAUAGUCUGGACCAUGACUCACGUGGUGAAAAGGCUUCAUGAGAAUUCUCUCUUAGCUACACUGGUGCUGUUAGCCCUGGGAUGGAAGAUGGGACGUGAAAAUCUAAGUGCCUUGGAAUUCCGAAUAGUCUGCUCGGUAACGGCUUUUUCAUGUGUGGUAGGAUUCAUUGAAAUACUUAUCUUUGGGGUAGAUGUAUCGCGUAAUGUGGUACAUACGGUUGCAUUCAUUUCAAUUCUAAUCGCCAGUAAUUUCAACAUCCUCAUGAUAAGGGCCAGAAUAGUAGACGAACCACUUAACUCAGAUGUGGGCGUUGCAUAUGCGCAGCUCAAGGCAUAUAACAUCUUCAAAAUAGGAUUCUUUGUCUCCGUUAUGAAACCCGAGUUGUACUCCAUUGUGAGUGCCAUGUGUCUACAAUCGUCUGGAGAACAAAAUUUCAUCUGGGAUGAGCAUUUCAUGUUAUUCUUUGAUUUGUUUUUUGAUUAUCUUCUCUACUGUCUAUACUUCAUGGCUUUCAUGCCAGCACAGCAAUUGCCGCUUUUCAAGCAUCUGUUUGCCGGUCGGCGCCUAGCGGGAUAG